UCUUGAUUGUGCGAAGAAAGAAAUCAAGAGUGAAGACGAAGAAGAUGAGUACGAAGAAAAGUUGCUGUUCAUCGUCACCAAAUGAUGGUUCACAUCAACGCAAAGGCAAUGAUCGAUAUGAUGGAAAUCGAUUUCAUCCAGAACAAAACGAGUUGAAUGGCGAAGGACAAAGUGGACGCAGUUCCAAGGGAAAGAAACAGAGAGGAUCAAAGAAGGAAAGUAAAUCAAAAGGUGCAAAGAAAUCAGCUGAAAAGAAGGAGAAGAAACAUAAAUGUCAUAUGUGUAAUUAUGCCGCAUCACACAGAUCGACUCUCAUUGCACAUAUCCGAAUCCACACCGGGGAAAAGCCUUUCGUAUGCGAAAUAUGUUCGAAGGCUUUUACACAAAAAUGUUGUUUGAAUCGACACAAGAAAGUUCAUGCUACCGAAUUUCCAUUCCAUUGUCCAAAGUGUCGUCGUGGAUUCAAACAAGAAGUCGAAAAGAUCGAACACGAUAAUCAAUGCCAACAACAUCAAUACCAAUGCGUUGUAUGCAAAUACACCACUGAUCAAUUGUCAGAUUUCAAGAAACACAUGCUAAUCCAUAGUGAUGUGAAGCCUUUCCAAUGUCGCGUUUGUUCAAAAACAUUUGCACAAAAAUAUAAUCUUUGCCAACAUUUGCGCACUCACACUGAAGAACUACCGUUUGCCUGCUCAAAAUGUGGACAACGAUUUGCUGACGAAAACGACAAACAAUCGCAUGAGGAUCCUUGCAAACGUCAACGAUUCGAAUGUCAUCUCUGCCCAUUCAAAUGUUUCGAAAAUCGUCGUUUGAAAUAUCACAGGCACUCAAAGCACACAGUUCACAAGCCAUUCCAAUGUUCUGUUUGUGGGCAAAAAUGUAUUCACAAAGGUGAUCUCAACAAACAUCUGGCUACUCAUGCCAAACCGCGUCCAAUUCGUUGCAUCAAAUGUUAUCGUCGAUUUGCAAACGAAGGCGAUAAGAAUACACAUGAACAGCACUGCAAACGUCGUCAUUAUGAAUGUUACAUCUGCAAAGUAUUAAUGCAACAUUCAAUACAACUAAGAAGCCACAUUAGAAAUCAUCAUACCGGCGAGAAGCCAUUUUCAUGCAAAUUGUGCGAUGCCCGCUUUUCACUACAAAGCAGCGCCAAUCGUCACAUGAAGAAUGUUCAUCGUUCGAAUCAGCAAAUCUAA